CAGACGCGACCAUGAUCCCAGUAGUUUCCUACUGCCUGUAAAAGACAGAAAUUGGAGAAUUAUUGGAGAAUUUUAAACUGCUAAACUGAAUGUGGUGGAGUUUAAGAGCACACAGAAGACGGAAAAUGUCCUCGACUCAUUUACACUCACAGAGACUGAAAUGCACUACGACACAGAAAUCACUGAAAUAUCCUGGAUGUCGGCCCCGAUUUUCUGUCAAAACUUCUAAAAACUACAUAGAGAGGAUGCCACCUGAGGUCAUUCUGAAGAUUCUCUCUUAUUUGGAUGCUGGAUCGCUCUUCUGCAUCAGCUUUGUCAACAAGCGCUUUCAGGAGCUGGCCAACAACAAUGCUAUGUGGUAUCAGUUUUAUGCUGGCCAGCAAGCGAAAAAGAAGAAUCCCAGGCUAAUAGAUGAGGUGACAGAUGGCCUGAGUGUGGCUGGCAUACAGGAAAGGCCUGAGGGAUACUGGAGGAAACGGUUCUUCAAAGAACUGGCCGGCUACAAUGCAAACUGGAAGAAGAAGCUUAAAGCCAUCCACCUGUACACAGGCCUGCCAAGCCAAACAACGCAAAUACUCAGGAGUCUGCGUGUUAGAUGGGCGAUCACGCUGACGGAUGGGAGAGGACGGGAGAGCACCUCUGAGCAGACUCACGUCCACUUCACCGAUGCGGCUGUCACAGUUAGCUGGAAUGCAGGUGACUGGCCGUUUAUUGACCAGCUCACUGCGCUGAAGCUGCAUGGAGUGGUGCGAGUGCCCCUUCAGUGUCCAGAUGAGUACAAGCCAGGCUGGAAAUCCCUCCUGACUAAAGUGAAGUUAAAUAAGGAUGUGUGGAAACUGUGUGGUUCAGACAGGCUGGUUAAGUUACUGUAUGCAGGGCAGGGCAUCACUGUAGGUGUCUGGCAGGAGCAGAGGGAAAUUGCAUUUAUCAUGGUGAACUUACAUUAUCACCAACUUGUGGAAAGAAGUCUCCUGGGGUUGUCCACCGUCCCAUAUCAGCCAGCAGAGCACACGGCUGCUUUUGAUGAUGUGGACCCCGAGUACGGUCUCCAUGGAUACGCUGCUCAAAUCGAGUUGCACAGUACAGCGGGGAGCAUCACAUCUGGACGCUUUAGCCAGCUGUUCUGCAGGAAAGAUCAGAUUUCUGAUGGAUAUUUACAGCUGAGAGUGAUCAGCAAAAGCAACAGAUCCCAACACGCUCCUCUGUGUGGAAGCAUCAGUCUGCCCUGGCGCACUGAUGCCCUGCAGGGACAGAUAGAGGGUUGCUGCAUGCUGACUCUCACUGUUUUUGAUGAAGCCCAGAUUCCUUUUUGGUGUGUCAGUGCUCCUGUAGCCAUGACUACAUCAGAGCAGGCAGAAGUCUCAUAUGACCGUACUGGAGAGAGUUUCUUUGUGCGGUAUGAGGAUGCAGAGGGGAAGGUGGAGAUCGAGCUGCACUGGAUGGAGGAUCACAAACAGUACUUUAUGGUCAGUCUGAUAAUUUUCCUCUCCAUUAGCAAAGUGAAUAAGCACUUUGGGAGAGAUUACUGACCCCAGUGAACCCAUGUACAGGCUACGUAAUGUCCUGUUU